UUCAUCAGCUUUAAACAGCAUCUUUCUUUAUUGCGUACGUUGUGACAUCUGGGUGGACUAGUCUAUCAUCAGAACUUUUUCGUUUGCUUCCUCUCCUUUACAGCUUUAUACAAAAAAUAUUUUCAAAAAUAGAUAUUGAUGGAUUUGGGAUCCCAUCAACUCCCUAUCACAGUGAAAUUUCCAGAAUUCUCUUCUUUGGACUUCUUGGUGUGACAUACUUUUUCCUUGCACCACUGAUCCUGCCAUUUGUCUUGAUUUAUUAUUUCAUGGGAUACAUCGUCUAUCGCAACCAGCUAUUGAAUGUAUAUGCAGCUAAGUACGAGACCGGUGGAAGGUUUUGGCCUAUUGUGCACAAUUCAACUAUCUUUUCCUUAAUAUUGAUGCACAUUAUUGCAAUAGGGAUAUUUGGCCUCAAAAAGCUUCCGCUGGCGUCCAGUUUAACCAUUCCUCUUCCAUUGCUCACAUUACUGUUCAAUCUGUAUUGCCGAAAACGAUUCUUGCCUGUAUUCAAUGCUUAUCCUACUGAGUGUUUGGUUAAGAAAGACAGGGAAGACCAGAAUGAUCCUACCAUGGCUGAGUUCUUUAGUAAACUAGCCACAGCCUAUCAAGAUCCAGCUCUCUUGCCAGUUGAUUAUUCCAGAAGCAUGGAUAGGCAAAAUUCUCCUCUUCUUCAUGCUGUUGAAGUCUGAAACUGAUCCUUCUGCUUGUGACAUCCAAGUAAUAGUAUUAAUAAAUGCUUUGUUAAAUUUGAAUACCAUCUUGUAAGCUAAGUUGUUAGUAAAGCGAAGAAACCCUAAUGCUUAUUCUGUGUUGUAUCCGAGAAGAUUUAUCAACAAUGGAUUGUGUUGCUUGCAUUGUU